AGAACUCAGUCCGUUCGUCAAGAGAAAAAAACACAACUCAGUCCGAACGGCGCCACCAGCCGUGCUCGCCUGCGCCGCGCCGCGGCCAGCCGUGGCCACCCGCCACCGCCUCCGCCUGCCCCGAUGGCCGCCGCUCCGUCGAGGUGCCUCCUCGUCACCGGCCCACCGGGCGUGGGGAAGACGACGCUGGUCACGCGGCUGGUGGAAACCCUCAGAGCGUCCCAGCCGCACCUCACUGUUCGAGGAUUCUACACCCGGGAGGUGAGGGAGAACGGGGAGAGGGUCGGGUUCGAGGUCGUAACGCUCGAUGGGCGAACCGGGCGGCUCGCCUCCUCCAAAAUUUGCAGCCCUGAAUCUCUUAGAUGGCCUACUGUUGGGAAGUACAAAGUAGAUGUAGCAUCUUUGGAAUUGCUGGUAUUGCCUGAGUUGCAGGUCAAACAAGAUACAGAUCUCUUCAUCAUUGAUGAAGUGGGUAAAAUGGAGUUGUUCAGUCCAGAAUUUUCCCCCGCUGUGAUGAGAGUUAUGGAGUCCAACAUCCCUGUGCUAGCCACCAUACCAAUACCAAGAUAUGGCCGAGACAUUCCUGGAGUCGCAAGGUUGAGGAAUCAUCCUGGAGCAGAUGUUUUCACCAUAAAUACUGCUAAUAGGGAUACCAUGAGGGAGAGUGUCUACAAUCAGUUGAGCAGAUUGAUGCAGAAGAGCUGCCACGGAAGAAGUGGAGUUCUGGGGCCAACAGGGUUAUGCAACCGCAGUAUCUGCGUCAGUUGGGCGGUUGAGCGAGACAUGUAUACCGGAGCUAGCAGAGAAUUAAGAGGACUCUACAAUCAUACAGUGCCUGCAUGCCCACCACUGCAUCACCAUCAUCAUACACUGAAUAUAAUGGAGGAGUACCACCCGAUGCGAGGUCCUCAUCUUGCCAACGAAGCGUAUUGCUGGAUCCCUGUGGCGGUUGCAAUCAUGAUGCAGUACCUUGACUUCUCCCAUGCCAGCACCUCCAGGAAGUGGACCAACAAGCGCCAGCCCGGCGAAGGGUUUGAUGCUCCGAGGAACAGUGUGGAGUUCGCCAUGGAGGCGCCCCACAGCUACGGCGUCUUCCAAGAGGAUGCCUCAGCCUCGUACUCUUGCAACAACAACAUGAGGCAGCACCCAAAAGCCUCUGCUCCAAUCAAGAAGCUGAUCCAUGAGGACAUAUCCUUCAGAUCGAGCGAAGGGCACAAGAGAGUACCCAGUGUGAUCGCCAGACUGAUGGGCAUGGACUCGCCUCCUCUGAAUUCAGCCACUGGCGAGAUCAUCACAACCCACUCAGACGAUAGACGGCAAGAGACCACCACAAGAUCAAUGUCAAGGAGAGAACGAGAUCCUGCCGAGACAAUCGCAACCAAGCAUGUCUCCUUCGUGCAGCAGAAGAAUUCUUCCCGCCACGCGCCGAAACAGGAAAUCCGCGCCUUGGACGACGAGGAGGAGAGGGAGAUUCUUGGGCAGCUAAGGAAGACGAGUGGCAGUGGUGCUGGUGAGGAAUGGAGCAAACAGCCUCCCCGAGAGCACCCGCAGGAGGAAGAGCUGCAGAAGUUCAAGAAGGAGUUCGCGGCAUGGCAGGCCAACAAGGUGCGGGAACAAUCGAGAGCACUAGAGCUGGACUACCGGCAUGUCGACGAGGAGGUGGACGGUGGCGCCAGGUGCUCGGAGAUCGUGCCAUACAGGUACCACCAGCAGGAGAAGCAACACAGAGGAGGGAGAGAUGGUAACAGGCGUGUGCACGACGAGGUCGAUGGCGAUGCGCAUUGGGGAAGAAGGAGCAAGGAUGGGGGAAAUGGCGGCCCCUCCAUCUCAGGGAGCCGGACGUUCUCUCUGACGAGCGCCGCGGAGGAUUGUUCUUCGACGAGGCUACCGCUCUCGAGAUUUUACUACGAGGAGGAGGAGAAGCCGCUGUCGCCGGCGAGGAUCGUGAUCCUGAAGCCCUGCCCGGAGCUGAGCGCCGACGACGUGGACGAGUCGUCGAUGGGGUCGCCGGAGCUGAUGAAGAACGAGAACAACAUGGAGGCGUUCCUCGAGGAGGUGAAGAUGCGGCUCAAGAUCGAGCUGGAAGGCCACAUGGCCUCCGACGACAGAGCGGCGGACCGGUGGGCCGACCCGAAGCAGAUUGCGCGGAACAUAGCCGACCAGAUCAGGGAGACCGUCACCAUGGACAUGCACCACCCGGCGCUGGUGCGGUCGGAGUCGACGCGGUCGUACCGCAGCAGCGACGUGCAGAGCCAGAUGGACUACAUCUGCAGAGACGCCAGGAAGCAGCUCACCGACAGGCUGAGGAACGUGCUCAGGAAGGAGCCGGAGACCGAUCAGCCGGCGUUCGGCUCUCACAGGCGACGGGCAGCUGUGUCGACAGCGUCCCCAUCGUGGUUCGAGGAAGAGCCGAGGCCGAAGCCGACGAGCCCGAGACGCGAAGUGGCGGCGAGGAAGAGCAGUAAGAAGAUCAGGAGCAAGGAGGAGAAGAAGCGCGCGAUCGAGUCGUCGGAAGUCAGGUCCUUCAGACAUGGGUGGUACAAGAACUCGCCUGCUGUGGCAGCCGUCGAGUCGUCCGACGAGGCGGCGUCGCCGAGGAACCUGAUGAGGUCAUUCUCGGCGCCGGUGUCGGGGACUUCAAACUUCGUGAAGCUUCUCUCGGAGGGAGAGCCACGGGUGCUCGCCGGAGCGCGGAUGCAGAGUAAGCACGAUGGGCACGGGUACAACGGCAUGCCGCCAUCGCCGGAGGAGAAGCUACCGAAGGGUAGAAAGGACGCAUUGGGCAUCAAGGGCAGGGUGUCCAACCUGAGACAGAACCUGGGGCUGAGAGGGCUUCUCUUUGGCAAGAAGCUCCACUCGGCCGCAGUUGACGAGUCAUCGUCGUCGUUCUUCCUCGACGACUUCCCGCCGAUCGGCACGCUGGUCACUGCCCCCUCCGUCCUCAUCCACCCCGGCGUCCUGCAGGAGAACUCCACCGAGGUACCACCUAGCCCGGCGUCGUGGUGCAGCAGCCCGCCUGACGAGAUGAUGAUCAGGGGAGGUUACCCGAGCCCCGUCUCACCAUUGGAGGCAUCCUUCAGCGGGCGCCGGUCUCCCUUGAAGCCGGCGACGAGCUCGAGUGAUUCUGAACCAGGCAAUGUUCAUCCGUGGUUGGAGCGAGAGCAAACCGAAGAAGUUCCACAGACAAGUCCAGCGCUGCAGGAUGACAACGAAGACGAUGACACCGCCGAGACAGAUCACCCGAUGAAGGCUUUCAUCAGGGCCGUCCUGGUCGUCGCCGGCAUGUACGGCCAGAGCCAGAACUCUGACCACUUGUCAUCAACUUCCCAGAUGAUCAAACCGAUCCCCACGUGUGUGUUCGAGGAAGUGCUGUCCUCCGCCUCACCUCCGGAUGUCGACUCCGACGUCGACCACCAACUCCUGUUCGAUCUGAUAAACGAGGCGCUGCCAGGCGCUGUCCGCGGCACGACUACACUGUGCACCUUCAGCAAGUGGUAUGCCGCGCCGAGGAGAGCCCUGAACGGCAAGAGGCUGCUGGACGGGCUGUGUAAAACCGUGCUAGCGCGGCUGGAGCCACCGAGCGACGACGAGCCGUCGCGGACGAGCUCUGUCGACGGGCUGAUCGAGCGUGACAUGAGCAUGUUCCCGUGGAUCGGCGUGUUCCGCGACGACGUGGACGGCCUGGGGGAGGAGAUGGAGGCGGAGAUCCUGUCGGAGCUGGUUGACGAGACGCUGUGGGACGUGCUGCUCAACGUAGGGGACUGACUGACGGAGUGACGGGCUUGUGUUGUGGUGGACAUGCAUACUUGUACAUUUUGGGGUGUUUUUUUUUUUGUUCUUCUUCGGUUUUUUCGGAGUGCUUUUGCCGAAUGUGUGAUGAGUUCUCGAUGAGUGAGAAUUGGGGAGUGCGACUAAGUUUGUGGGUGUGAAAGGAUACCAAUCUGUACUGAGAAAAUGCAUAAGGAAGCAAAAAGAGACUGAAUAUGAAAAGUUUCUUAUUCAUGA